CUGCUCCUCCUUCCCCUCGCUAGCAGCUGCGCUUAGCCCGGGACUGGACCGAGUUAGAGUUGAGGCGGCGGAGGAGUAGCGCGGAGUGCGUGUGACCGGGGGGAGGGGGAGACCCGAGCCUGUGAGCGGUGGGGAGCUGGGCUCCAGCCCAGUUUGGUGCAGCCUUGGCAGAGACCAGAAAGGAGAGGAGCUCCAUUGACAUUUCAACCAAAGGCAUCAAGUUAAUUGGUAUAAGAGGAAUAGACCCUAUACUGGAGCACUUGGGAUCAACUUACUAAGGUAAACAGGCUGCAGUGGAUUUCUGGAUGGCUUAUCUGGAAUGGACAGAAGUUCUCUGGGAGGAUUAGAACUGUCUGAACAUACUUCUGGUUUACUAGGAACUACUGCCAUGGCAACUGGUCUUGCAAAUAUAGGAAAUUCUUUUGGAGGGCCGCCUAAUACUCUAGUUUCUAGAACUAAUAAGUUCCAAAAUUCAUCUAUAGAAGAUGAUGAUGAUGUUGUUUUUAUUGAACCUAUACAACCUCCACAGACUUCUACAUCACUGAUAUCAGAUCAGAGAAGCAUCGCAUUUAUUUCAUCAAAAAGCGAUGAGCUUCAGGGAAAUGAUUCCAAAAUGCUUCCUCCUUCAAAAGACUUAAGUUCUCAAAAGGGAAGUAUAAGCGAGACUAUUAUUAUUGAUGAUGAAGAAGAUAUUGAAACAAAUCAAGGACAAGAGAAGAAUGCUUCCAGUUUUAAUGAGCGAAGACUUCCAGAGUGUAAAAAUAGAUCCAGCGAUAUGGAAUUCUCAGCUUCCAGUUUUUCAAGAAGUAAGGUAAAUGCAGGAAUAGGUAAUAGUGGUAUAACCACAGAACCAGACUCUGAAAUUCAGAUUGCUAAUGUUACCACAUUAGAAACAGGUAUGAGCUCUGUGAAUGAUGGUCAUUUAGAAAAUACUGAAGGGCGUGACAUGAACUUAAUGAUUACACAUGUAACAUCACUGCAGAAUACCAACUUGGGAGAUGUGUCUAACGGACUGCAGUCAAGUAAUUUUGGUGUUAAUAUACAAACAUACACCCCAUCUUUAACUUCACAGACCAAGACUGGUGUAGGACCUUUCAAUCCUGGUAGAAUGAAUGUGGCUGGAGAUGUGUUUCAAAAUGGAGAAUCUGUGACUCAUCACAGUCCAGAUUCCUGGAUAUCCCAGUCAGCUUCAUUCCCUAGAAACCAGAAACAACCAGGUGUGGAUUCCUUGUCACCAGUGGCCUCACUUCCUAAACAGAUUUUUCAGCCGUCUGCACAACAACAACCUUCUAAACAGGUUAAAGUCACAUGUGCAAAUUGCAAAAAGCCCUUGCAGAAGGGACAGACUGCAUAUCAGCGCAAAGGAUCAGCUCACCUGUUUUGUUCCACUGCCUGCCUUUCAUCAUUCUCGCAUAAACCGGCUCCAAAGAAACUCUGUGUUAUGUGCAAAAAAGAUAUAACAACAAUGAAAGGCACCAUUGUUGCUCAAGUUGAUUCCAGUGAGUCUUUCCAGGAGUUUUGCAGUACAUCAUGUUUGUCCUUCUAUGAAGACAAGCAUAAUCCUUCAAAAGGAAUCUUGAAUAAGUCAAGAUGCACUAUCUGUGGUAAACUAACUGAGAUUCGCCAUGAAGUUAGCUUUAAGAACAUGACUCAUAAGCUGUGUAGUGACCACUGCUUCAAUAGAUACAGAAUGGCGAAGGGUUUAAUAAUGAAUUGCUGUGAGCAUUGUGGGGAGUACUUGCCCAGUAAAGGAGCUGGAAACAAUAUCCUUACGAUUGACGGUCAGCAGAAAAGAUUCUGCUGCCAAAACUGCGUUGGUGAAUAUAAACAGAAAUAUGGCAAAUUAACAACUUGUACUGGUUGCAGAGCUCAGUGCAGGUUUUUUGAAAUGACUCAGUGCAUAGGACCUAAUGGAUAUAUGGAGCCAUACUGCUCAACUGCAUGCAUGAACACACACAAAUCAAAAUAUGCAAAAUCACAAAGUAUGGGAAUUAUUUGCCACUUUUGUAAACGAAACUCUUUACCUCAAUAUCAAGCCACAAUGCCUGAUGGAAAACUGUACAACUUUUGCAGUUCCAGUUGUGUAGCUAAAUUUCAGACUCUUAGUGUGCAGUCUUCAACCAAUGGUCAGUUUGUGUCUCCAAGUGACAUUCAGCUGAAAUGCAAUUAUUGCAAAAGUUCUUUUUGUUCAAAGCCAGAAGUACUGGAGUGGGAGAACAAAGUAUACCAGUUCUGCAGCAGAACUUGUUCUGAUGAUUAUAAGAAACUGCACUGCAUAGUUACAUACUGUGAAUACUGCCAAGAGGAGAAAACACUGCACGAAAUGGUGAAUUUCUCUGGUAUCAAAAGACCAUUCUGUAGUGAAGGAUGCAAGCUGCUAUAUAAACAAGAUUUUGCAAGACGGUUAGGAUUGAGAUGUGUUACUUGUAAUUACUGCUCACAGCUCUGUAAAAAGGGAGCUACUAAGGAACUUGAUGGUGUAAUAAGAGAUUUCUGCAGUGAAGAGUGCUGUAAAAAAUUUCAAGACUGGUACUUCAAGGCUGCCAGGUGUGACUGUUGUAAGUCUCAAGGAACUCUCAAAGAGAAAGUGCAGUGGCGUGGAGAAAUGAAACAUUUCUGUGAUCAGCACUGCUUACUGCGUUUCUACUGUCAACAAAAUGAACCUAAUAUGGCAACACAAAAAGGACCUGAAAAUUUGCAUUAUGAUCAGGGUUGUCAAAUUUCCCGAACAAAAAUGACAGGUUCAGUGCCACCCCCUUCUCCAACACUUAACAAAGAGAUGAAGAACAAGGCAAUUCUUUGCAAACCUUUGACAAUGACAAAAGCUACAUACUGUAAACCUCACAUGCAGACAAAAUGUUGUCAGACAGAAGAUGACUGGAAGAAAGAAUAUGUCCCAGUUCCUGUUCCUGUACCUGUUUAUGUUCCGGUGCCUAUGCACAUGUAUAGUCAAAAUGUUCCUGUUCCGGCAGUGGUUCCUGUUCCAGUGCCAGUUCCAGUUUUUCUGCCCACUACUCUGGAUAGCAAUGAGAAGAUCCUUGCAGCAAUAGAAGAGCUGAGGGGUAAAGUUCCUUCAAAUCCUCUGGAGGCUGAGCUACUGACUAUAGCUGAGAUGAUGCCUGAAGCUGAUGGAAAAACAGAGACUACGGAUCUGAACAGUGUAAUAAUUGAAACAGACUUGCUAAACUCUGGUACAGAGAUGCAGACAAGCUUGCCUGAUAUUCCGUAUGAACCAGAUCUCGAUAUUGAAAUUGAUUUUCCAAGAGCGGCUGAGGAGCUUGAUACAGAAAAUGAAUUUUUGCUGCCUCCUGUCUUUGGGGAAGAAUAUGAGGAACAGCCAAGACCUCGAUCCAAAAAGAAGGGAGUGAAGAGAAAAGCAGUGUCAGAAUACCAGUCUCAUGAUGAUAGCUCUGAGAAUUCAGAGUGUAGUUUUCCUUUCAAAUAUGCAUAUGGUGUAAAUGCGUGGAAACACUGGGUAAAAACUAGGAGUCUAGAUGAAGAUCUGCCAGUAUUAGAGGAACUGAAAUCAACAAAGUCUGUGAAAUUAAAGGAAGAUCUGCUAUCGCAUACCGUAGCCGAGCUAAACUAUGGCUUGGCACGUUUUGUCAAUGAAAUUCGAAGACCGAAUGGAGAGAACUAUACACCUGACAGCAUCUAUUAUCUUUGUCUUGGGAUUCAGGAGUACUUGUAUGGAAGCAAUCGAAAAGACAAUAUAUUUAUUAAUCCAAGCUACGAGACAUUUGAGCAGGAAUUAAAUAAAAUCCUUAGAAGUUGGCAACCAAGCAUACUUCCAGAUGGGUCAAUAUUCUCUCGUGUUGAAGAAGAUUAUCUUUGGAGGAUAAAACAGCUAGGAUCACACUCUCCAUUUGCUCUUCUGAAUACACUGUUCUACUUUAACACUAAAUAUUUUGGCCUGAAAACAGUGGAGCAGCACUUAAGACUUUCCUUUGGCACUGUUUUUAGACAGUGGAAAAAAAAUCCUCGAACAAUGGACAGCAAAGCUUGUCUUCGAUAUCAAGUUUCUUCCCUAUGUGGAGCUGAUAGUGAAGAUAAAAUUACUACUGGAAAAAGGAAACAUGAAGAUGAUGAGCCAGUGUUUGAACAAAUUGAAAACACGUCAAAUCCUGCUAGAUGUCCCGUGAAAAUGUUUGAGUGCUAUCUGUCUAAGAGCCCACAGAAUCUUAAUCAGAGAAUGGAUGUGUUCUAUUUACAACCGGAAUGCUCUGUUUCCUCAGAUAGCCCUGUCUGGUAUACUUCCACUUCACUGGACCGCAACACUUUGGAACACAUGCUCGUACGGGUUCUUUUAGUAAAAGAUAUUUAUGAUAAAGACAAUUAUGAACUGGAUGAAGAUAUAGAUUAAAACAAACUUCCAAAAGCUGUCAGGAAAAACAAAACAGCAUUAGAUAGUCAUGCUGCUAGACCUUUAUUAUGGAAACCAUUUCAAGUUUACUCUUCGUUUUGAGUUUUGUAGCAGUGUACCCUGACCUGGGUAUUACCAUGUAAAUAAUCCGUGAGUGAAAGUUGCCAUUAUCCUCCUACGUAGUGGUUUUAGGAUACUUAACAAACACAUUCAAAUUCUUUUUUUUUAUUAUUAUUUAUUUGAUUAGGUAUGUUUGUAACUUUUUACAUUGCGAAAUAUCAAUGAGAAUGUGCCAUGUGUAAUUUUUUUUCUUGUAGUAAGAAACAUCCAUAUUGCACAACUCUACUGUUGCAAGCUUCCUUGAAAGGAGGCUCUUUUACUGGGUUCUUCAACCAGAUGGUUGUGUAUGGGUAGCACUACUAAAGUUUAGAACUUUGCUGUGUCUUUCAGAAUUUUUAAAUAAAUUGUAAACUAAUAGGUUUUUUACUUUUUAGUUACUGAAGCCUUAUACGGUUAUGUAGAGAGAUUCCAUCUUAUGUACCAAAAAUAGACAAAAGAGAAUGCUGUCAAUAUUGGUGUACUGUAAUGUGAAUCUAUACUGGUGAAAACAACUUUUUUGUUGCCCUUAUUAAAACCUUUAGUGUCCUUUC